GGGGGCCGCGGGGGGCCGCACCAUGACGCUGCCCUCCGUCUACCAGCACAAGUUCGCCGAGAAGCUGACGAUCCUCAACGACCGGGGCCGCGGCGUCCUCGUCCGCAUCUACAACAUCAAGAAGAGCUGUGCCGACCCGCGGACGCGGCCACCGCCGCUGGGGGACAAAGCGCUGGAGCCCUGCGCCCGCUUCGUCCACAAGAAGUUCCCCCAGCUGGACGUGCGCAGCGGCACGCAACACCUGGGCCCGGUGCACAAGGACAAGGGGGACAUCGCCCGGGCGCUGGGGCCCUUCUACCACUCCUUCGUGGACGUGCUGGAGUUCAGGGACCACGUCUACGAGCUGCUGAACACCAUCGACGCCAGCCAGUGCUUCUUCGACAUCAAUGUCAACUACGACUUCACCAAGAGCUACCUGGACCUGGUUGUCACCUACGUGUCCCUCAUCCUGCUGCUGGCCCGCACCGAGGACCGCCGGGUGCUCAUCGGCCUGUACCACUGCGCCCACGAGAUGAUCCACGGCACCAGUGACCCCAGCUUCGCCCGCCUGGGCCAGAUGGUGCUGGAGUACGACCACCCGCUCAAGAAGCUGGCGGAGGAGUUCGGGCCGCACACCAAGGCCGUCACCAGCGCCCUGCUGUCCCUGCACUUCCUCUUCGCCCGGAGGAACCAGGCGGCCGAGCAAUGGCGCAGCGACCAGCUCCUGAGCCUGCUCGGCUCCGCCGGCACCAUGCUGAGCCCCGCCAGCUCCGACACCAUGGCCUGCGAGUACCUGUCCCUGGAGGUGAUGGAGCGCUGGAUCAUCCUGGGGUUCCUGGCGUGCCCGGGGGCGCUGGGGACGUCCCCGCAGUGCCUGGAGCUGUGGCGGCUGGCGCUGCAGGGCUCCCUGCACGUCACCCUCGUGCGCGACGAGGCCCUCGCCGUGCACAAGGUCACCGAGGAGCUGCUCGGCAGCCUCAAGGGCUACGGGAAGCGGGUGGCCGACCUCAAGGAGUGCAAGGAGCACGCCGUGGCUCACAGCGGGGCCCUGCACCGGGGCCGGCGGGCGUAUCUGCGCGGGGCGCUGCGGGAGCUCGAGGCGCUGCUGGCCGACCAGCCCGGGCUGCUGGGGCCCAAGGCCCUCUUCGUGUUCAUGGCGCUCUCCUUCUGCCGGGACGAGGUGAGCUGGCUGGUGCGGCACGCCGAGCACGUCACCAAGACCAAGACGCCCGAGGACUUCGUGGACAGCAGCCACGUGGCCGAGCUGCUCUUCCUCAUGGAGCAGCUGCGGGCCCUGGUGCGCCGGCGGGCCGGGGUGCUCCAGCGCUACCACGUCCAGUACCUGGCCCGCUUCGACGCCCUGGUGCUCAGCGACGUCAUCCAGAACCUCUCCGUGUGCCCCGAGGAGGAGUCCAUCAUCCUCUCGUCCUUCGUCAGCUCCCUCUCCGCGCUCUCCCUCAAGCAAGUGGAGGACAAGGAGCCGUUCGACUUCGCGCCGCUCCGCCUGGACUGGUUCCGGCUGCAGGCCUACACCAGCGUGGCCAAGGCCCCCCUGCCGCUGGGCGCCAACCCCGACGUGGGCCGCGUGAUGAACCUCAUCGUCUUCCACACCAAGCUGCUCGACGCCCUCGAGGACCUGCUGGCCGAGGCCUCCGACCUCUCCGACCUGGGUUUCUACCCUCGCCCCGUGGAGAAGAUGUUCACGGCCACGAUGGAGGAGCCCUCGAUGCUGCGCUACAGCAUCGCCUUCCCCCUGCUCUGCGGUCACUUCUCCCGCUGCCACCACGCCAUGUGCCCGGAGGAGUAUCCCCACCUCAAGGCGACUGCACUGGGGCUGUGCAACAAGUUCCUGGAGGAGAUGGCCCGGCAGGCCAGCGCCUGCGUCAUGGACGCCUGCGCUGAGCAGCACAACCUCAGCGAGAAGCUGCUGCCCAAGCACUGCGCCUCCACCGUCAGCAAGGCCCGCAACAAGAAGGCCUCGAAGCAGCUCUCCAAGAAAGCGGAGCCCGAGAGGGACAAGCCGGGGACCGAGAGCCAGAGGAAGGACCGCACCCUGACCACCAACAUGGACAAGCUGCACCUGACGCUGGCCGAGCUGUCGCUGAGCCUCAACCACGUGCCCAAGUUCACCGUCUUCGAGCACACGGUGACGCCGGCCGAGUACCUCAGCAGCCACCUGGAGACGCGGUUCACCAAGGCCAUCGUGGCCAUGGCGGGCUACAGCCAGGCCACGCAGGAGGUGGCCCGGCCCUCGGAGGUGCUGGCGGGGCUGGGCGCCUACGUGACCUUCAUCCAGUCGCUGGGGCAGUUCGUGGGCCUGGACACGGGGCGCAUCAUCCGCAACGUCCUCCUGCAGCAGACGCAGCCCCGCGACGCCGCCGGCGAGCAGACGCUCACCACCAUCUACACCAACUGGUACCUGGAGGCGCUGCUGCGGCAGGCCAGCACGGGGGCCAUCGUCCUGGCACCCGCCCUGCAGGCCUUCGCCACGGUGCCGCGCGAGGGCGAGCCGGCCUUCUCCGCCGCCGAGUUCUCCGACGUCUCCGAGAUGCGGGCGCUGGCCGAGCUCAUCGGGCCGUACGGCAUGAAGUUCCUGAGCGACAACCUCAUGUGGCACGUGGGCUCCCAGGUCGGGGAGCUGAAGAAGCUGGUCACCGAGAACAUGGACACGCUGGUGCAGCUGCGCGCCAACUCCUGCAAGCCCGAGCAGAUGGCGGCUCUGCUGCCCCGGCUGACCUCCACCGACAACGUGCUGAAGCGCAUGACCAUCAUCGGCGAGAUCCUGAGCUUCCGCGCCAUGGCACAGCAGGGCCUGCGAGAGGUCUUCUCCCACCACUGCCCCUUCCUGAUGGGCCCCAUCGAGUGUCUGACGGACGUCGUCACCCCCGACACCGACAUCCAGGUCACCCUGAGCAUCUUCGAGCUGGCCUCGGCCGCGGGGAUCCCGUGCGAGAUCGACCCCGCGCUGGUGAACGUCCUCGCCGGCAGCAAGACGGACGGCUUGUCCCCGGAGGAGGACUACAAGGUGGCCUGCCUGCUCCUGGUCUUCGUGGCCGUGUCCCUGCCCCUCCUGGCCACCGACCCUGCCUCCAUCUACAACACCGAGACGGACGGUUACAACAACAACAUCCACUGCCUGGCCAAGGCCAUCAUCCACGUGUCGGCCGCGCUCUUCACCAUCCACAACAAGAACAUCGAGACCCACCUCAAGGAGUUCCUGCUGCUGGCCUCCGUGAGCCUCCUGCAGCUGGGACAGGAGACGGACAAGCUGCGCGCCAGGAACCGCGACUCCGUCGCCCUGCUCCUGCAGCUGCUCGUGGCGGAGUCGUCCUUCCUGACGGUCGACAUGCUGGAGACCUGCUUCCCCUACGUCCUGCUCCGCAACGCCUACCGCGAGGUGUGCCGGGAGAACCUGCUGGGCAGGGUGCCCUCGCACUGAGCCGGCACCCGCGCGCCCAGCCGGCACCCAGCCGGCACCCGCGCACCCACCCGGCACCCACCCGGCACCCUCGCACCCACCCGGCACCCGCGCGCCCAUCCGGCACCCACCCGGCACCCUCGCGCCCACCC